AUGGAUUAUUUCUAUACUAUUGAUAAAAGUGGUUUAAUUGUGAUUUGGAAAUGGGUUGAUGAUUAUCUUUCUGAAUAAUAUAAACAUUAAAAGAAUUUCAACUAAUUUAAAAAAGGUUAAAAAAUAAAUUUACAAUUAUAAGAAAAUGAAGAAGAAGAAUAAGAAUAUAUUAAUGAAUCAUAAUAUUUAACUGAAUUUGAAAAUAAAGUUGAAAAGGGUCGUUUUAUAUAAUAAAAGAAGGAAAUAUUUAAAGGAGGUCGUUUAAAAUCAUGUGAAUAUCAUAUAUAAACUCAAACAAUAAUAUUAGGUUUUAAAACAGGAAGUUAUAGUUUAUAUCGUUUAGAAACACCAGAAAGCUUAACUGAAAUAUAAACUUUUGGAAUUACGAAUAGCCGAAUAAAUACAUUAGCAGUGAACCCUUCAGGAAGUUGGAUAGCAAUGGGAAUAAAUAAAAUAGGAUAACUAUUGGUUUGGGAAUGGAGAAGUUAGACAUAUAUAUUAGACUAAUAAUGUCUAUCUAAUGAUUGCAAUGUAGUAACCUAUUCCGAAGAUUGCUUAACUAUUGCUUCAGGAGGAAUGGAUGGAAAAGUAAGACUUUGGGAUGCCAAAACGCACUUCUGUUUUUCAACUUUUAAUGAACAUGAUUCCAAGGUUACUGGUAUUACUUUCACAAGUAGAGCGAAUACAGUAAUUACAAGUAGUUUAGAUGGAACAUGUAGAGCUUUUGAUACAUUAAGAUACAAAUGCUUCAGAGUUCUGAAACCAAAUAUUAAUACAUAAUUAAACUGCGUAGCAGUAGAUCAAUCAGGAGAGUUAGUUUGCGCAGGAGCUAUAGAUCCAUAUAAUAUUUAUUUAUGGAAUUUAUAAACAGGAAAUUUAUUGGAAACUAUUUCUGGACAUGAAGCCCCUAUUUCUUGUUUAAAGUUUUACGGUGAACGUUUAUUUUCAGGUUCUUGGGAUAAAAAUUUACGUAUGCAUGAAAUAUAUACAAGAAAGUUAAACUCAGAAGUACUUUCCCAUAAUGCUGAAAUAACAGCUUUGGAUAUAAGAAGAGAUGGAAAAGAAUACUGUGUGGCGACUAUAAAAGGAGAAAUUUAUUUAUGGAAUAGUGAAAAUAACUCUGUUGUUGGUAUUUUGGAUUGCAAAAGAGAUUUGGAAUAUGGAAGAAAUGAUAAUGACAGAACUAAAAAUACAUAUAAAUAUUUCAAAAGUAUUUCCUAUAGUAUUGAUGGAGAUUAUAUUUUGGCUGGCGGAAAUUCUAAAUUUGUUUGCUUGUAUGAAUUAAGGCAUAGAAUUAUGAUUAGAAAGUUUUCUAUUUCCAAUAAUAGGUCUUUAGAUGGAGUUUUGAACAAACUUAAUAGCAAAUUUAUUAAAGAGGGAGUAGAUAUAUAAAAUGAAAUUGAUGAUUUUGAUGAUUCAGAUUAUGAAUAAAGGAAAGAUCAUGUAUUGCCUGGGGCUAAAAAUUUCGAUGUUUCAAAAAGAACAAUGAAAUAAUAAGUAGAAAGUAGAUGUAUCUCUUUUUCACCUUCAGAAGAUAAUUGGGUAUGUGCAACAAGUGAAGGAGUGCUAGUUUUUGGAUAAGCUAUUAAUAAAUAUUUUAAUCCUUAUGAAUUAGAUGAAAAUAUUACGGUUGGAAAUGUUAUGAAAGCUUUUGAAGAAAAAUAAUAUUCUAAAGGUAUAAUAAUAGCACUUUAAUUGAAUAAUAAAGAAUUAUUAGAAUAGGCUUAUCUUAAUAUCCCUUAUAAUAAAUAUUCUCUAUCUGUAAAAUUAUUCCUCAAGUAUAUUUGGAAGAUUUAAUUUUACUUAUAAGUAAUUUAUUAGAAAAAAAUUAAGAAAUUUAAUAUAAUUUUAUGUGGGCUGAAUCUAUUUUAUUUAUCCAUGAAUAUUUUUUGA